AUGAGAUUGAUCUUUUCUCCAACGAGAAGUCCCACUUCUCAUUUCUCCUUUUCUUUCUUCUCACUUCCAUCUAUAUUCUCAAUAUUUCUUAUUUCGAUUCUAUUCAUCAAUCAAACAAAUGCUCAAUUUUAUGCCCAAUCAAGACAUGGAAGGGCAAAAAUUCGCUGUUUUCAAUGCAAUAUGCCUACAAGUUGUGCAUCUGGCCAAUGUUGGGGGGACAUUUGUAUAAAAUCAAUUAGUAAUGGGAAAUACGUGAGCAAGGGAUGUGAGAAUCACACUGAGAUUUCCAGGACAUACCGAAGUCAAGGAAGUCAAGCAUUUGAUCCAAAAAGGGAUACUUCAUAUUGUAAAGUGGAGAAAGUAUUGGGAAUCGAAAAUGAAAUAUGUUAUUGCAGUGAUUCGGAUUGGUGCAAUGCAUCUACAAGAAUUUCUUCAUUGAUAUCACUUUUGUCAUUCUCAACUGUACUAGUUUUCCUUUGUUUC